AAAGGCGGGCCUGAUAUGUAAAGGUUAUCGGACGUUGAAAAAGAAUUAAAAAGUACGUCAUUCAUAACUCACGUGAUAUCUUCCAUCAAAGCAACAAUUUUUCUUGUCUGCAUCCUUUUUUAAAUCGCAUGUGGCGAACGGGUCCAAGAUAUCAAGGAUUAGGCAGUCAGCCUUCGUCAGCAUCAGUACAAUGUCAGAAAUGUUUGGAACGUGGUCAUUGGACAUAUCAAUGUAAAAAGGACAGAAGCUACAGAAGUAGGCCAAGUCGUACCCAGCAAUUAAAGAAACCACUCAAGUUAUACCAGCCUGAGCUUCCAAAAGAACUUCAAGACAAAAAAGGAUUAGCAGACAAAAUACUUAAGAAAAAGAAGAAGGAGCGAAAGAGAAGAGGAUCGUAUUCUAGUUCGUCAGAAAGUAGCAGCGAUAGCAGUAGUGAGAGCGAUUCUGUAGUAGCAGCAGUAGUAGCAGCAGCAGCAGAAGUCGUAGUAGAAGCUCAAGUUCUGAGAGCCGAAGUAGCCUCAGCUCAUCGAGUAGUGCCAGUAGAAGCCCUUCAAGAAACAGAAGAAGGAGAAGAAGGAGAAGAAGCUCGAGUCCAUAUCCUCAACGACGAAGAAGAAGUGUAA